CAGGGACUGGGCGCCCCGCCUGCCCGCGGACUCGCCGCUCCUCUCCCGGGCAGGUGCCGCCUCCCCGCCGUCCGUCCGUCCGUCCGCCCGUCCGCCCGUCCUCACAGCCGGGCCCCCGGGGGCAGCGCCCCCCGCCCGGGCCCCGGCCAUGGCCGUGCAGGUGCCCCUGUGGCACCACUACCUGCAGGCCAUCCGCUCGCGGGCGGCGGCCCGGGCGCAGGACUACCAGCGCGCGGAGGACGUGCUGCUGACGGUGCUGGAGCGUGUGCACCGCCGGGACCCCCGCUUCCUGGUGGACUACUCCCGGGACCUGGAGGCCGCGCAGUUCGCCCUGCGCUCCUCCGACGGCCCCGUGGUCGUGGAGGUGCCCCUGAGGGUGGACGCCGGAGCCCUCCUGAGCGAGGAGCUGGGGGCCGCCGAGGCGGGCGGCGACGGCCCCGCGUCCUGCCGCCUGGGCGUCCCCAGGGGAGGGGCCGGCCUGGAGCCGUGGGUGACGGACGACGUCUUCACUGCCUCCUCCUCCUCGGACGGCAGCGCCCAGGGCUGCGGCCACAUUGCGCCCGGCAAGGUCCUGCGCCUCCUCAGGGACCUGCUGGUGGCCGCCAUCGUGCACUGCAGGCUGCAUGGCCUCGUCGCGCCAGGUGCCCUGAACGCGGACAGCCUGAGGGAGGAGGAGCUGCACCUGUCCCUGCUGGUGUCCGGCGGCUGGAGGGCCAUCCGCUUCCACGUGCUGCCGGUGGUGCGGUGCAAGCACAGGGUGCCGGCCCUGGAGGGCGCCCUGAGGGUGCCCGGCUUCCCUGAAGGCAGCUUGAGACGGAUCGUCGGCCAGGAGGUGGCCCUGGUGCCCGCCAGCGCCCAGCUCUGGAGGGUCUCCACGGACUACCUGCUCACCAGGCUGCUGGGCGCGCUGGGCACCCUGCCGGGCCAUCGCCUGGACAGCCUCUCCAUCCUCGACCGGGUCAACCAGGAGAGCUGGCGUGACGGCGGCCGGAGCCCGGGCCUGACCUUCGGCCACCUGAAGACGGUGCUGCUCUGGGCCUCGGCGCUCUUCCCGGCGCCCGAGGACUGGGCGGAGCUGCAGGGCGCCGUCUACCGGCUGCUGGUGGUGCUGCUGUGCUGCCUGGCCACGCAGAAGCUGCCCCACUUCCUGCAUCCCGAGCGCAACCUGCUGCGCGGCGCCGGCCUCGACCUGGGCGCCCUCUACCAGCGCGUGGAGCGCUUCGCCAGCCAGCCCGAGGCCUCCCUGCGCAUCCACGCCACCCACCUGGGCCCCAGCCCGCCGCCCCGCAUCGACCACGGGGUCAAGGCGCUGCUGCAGCUGCCCGCCAGCGACCCCUCCUACUGGGCCACCGCCUACUUCGACGUCCUGCUGGACAAGUUCCAGGUCUUCCACAUCCAGGACCAGGACCGGGUCGCGGCCAUGCAGAGCAUCUUCCGGAAGACCAAGACGGUGGGCGGCGAGGCCAGCUGAGCGGGCCCCGGGCUCGGCCGCAGCCACGGUGCCCUGCCGAGGCUCCCAGCACGCCGGCGGGGGCUUCCCUGGGGUGGGCGGUGGCGGACGAGGAGCAGACAGUCCCUGGGCCUGAGAGUGCGGACAGUGGCCUCCGGGGGCAGCUGCCUGUGUCCAGGGGCGAGGCCCGGGGGAGGGGUUUCCUGUGACCCGCGUCUGUCCAUCCUGUGUGAGGUUGUCUAGAUGCUGAAAACGGGGUGUGCGCCGGAGGCGGGGACCUGAGGGCUCGUCGGACCCGGGUCCAAGGGCCGCCCCGAGAGCCGGAGCACCAUGUGCCUGACCUUGAAUAAACAAGUGCACCUCC